AUGUAUCAGGAUAUCAAGAAAAUAUUUUGGUGUCCAGGAAUGAAGCGAGAUGUAGUACAGUUUAUGUACGCGCGUUUGACUUGCCAGAAGUCAAAAGUAGAACACCAGAAACCUUCGGGUUUAAUUCAGCCUUUGGAAAUUCCAGAGUGGAAGUGGGAUAGUAUUUCCAUGGACUUCGUGAUAGGAUUAUCGAAUACUCCUACAGGGCAUGAUACUAUAUGGAUUUUGGGAAAGUUUGUAAAUGCUUUGGGUACUAAAUUAAAGUUGAGUUCUGCUUACCAUUCUCAGACUGAUAAGCAGACUGAGAGAACUAUUCAGUCAUUGGAGGACUUGUUGAGGGCUUGUAUACUCGAGCAAGGAGUAUCAGAAUGGCUUUGUUUGAAGCAUUAUAUGGUCGGAGGUGUAGGACACCUCUGUGCUGGUAUGAAUCGGAAGUAUAUUUGUGAUCCAUCUCAUGUGAUUAGGAUGGAUGAUGUGCAAGUGAGGGACAACCUUAUGGUAGAAGCAUUGCCCGUGAGAAUUGAGGAUCGGAAAUUGAAGAAGCUGAGAGGAAAAGAGAUUGCUCUAGUGAAAUUUGUUUGGCGAGGAGUAGCUGGAGGAAAUAUGACUUGGGAGCUGAAGAGCCGGAUGCGGAAAGCAUACCCCAAAUUAUUCUCGUCAGUUAUUAUUGUUACAAAUAUGGAUGGAAGGAAUGAUGGUGUUAUUGUUGCCACCUUACAAGAAGUGGCUCAAGUUAUGCAGAACAACCAACAGGGAGGAAAUGAUGAGUUCCGCGACUUGGGAAAGUUUCAGAGGAACAACCCACCUACCUUCAAAGGAAGAUAUGAUCCAGAGGGAGCACAGGCAUGGCUUAGGGACAUUGAGAAGAUUUUUAGGAUAAUGGCAUGUACUGGGGCAUAG